ACCAAACGCUGCUAGUAAUUCAAAACGUGUAUUCAAAAUUAUUGAUAACUAGGAAAGUUUUAACAAUAAAUUGUUAACAAUAUUUCUUUGUUCAUAUUGAGAAUUUGAUUUUUGAAUAAAUAAUUUUUCCAUAUUAUCUGUUGUAUUUUGAUAAUCAAUACUAAAAACAAAAUUAGUAAUCAUUUUGAACUGCGUAUCGAUCAAGAGCCGGUUGUGAUAAUCAAAAGAAGAGAUCGCUCCUUUGUUUUGGCUAAACCUACCCCCCUUAAUGAGAUUAAAUUUUCUUUAUCUCAAUCAACGUACAUAUACAUUUAGUACUGUGACGCACUUGCGAAUAUAAAACAAAAAAGUAAACAUUUUUAUUCUAUAAAGGACCAAACAACCUCCAUUAAGAUGGAAGAUCCAUUUGUGAUAUGUCCGUUCAAUAAAAGUCAUAAAAUUAUGAUGAGCCGAUUACAGGGUCAUCUUUUAAAAUGUAUGAAAAGUCAUUCCGCGACUGGGCCCACUAUUUGUCCAUUCAACAUUCAACAUAUUAUUGAUGCUUCUGAAAUAGUGGGGCACUGCAUUAUUUGUCCUAGCAUUAAAGACGUGCUAACGCAGGCAAAUACUCGUGAAAAUAAGGCUGAUUCGUCAAACAAUGUUUCUUCAACAUCAACUUAUGCUCGUGAUUCUGUAGCUGAAACGGUGUAUAGUAAUACUAUUCAUUCAAAUACUGAAACGAAAAUAAAAACACUUCCAAAAUCUUUGAGACUUCCAGAAAAUGAAAAGUCCGAAACAUCCAUAAAUGCACCAAAUGGAGGAACUGAAAAAUUAGGAGAAAAUAAAAACCCUCUUCUAAAUGCUCUGGAAAAGAGCAUUACUUUUGAAAAUCACCAUACGAUAACAAAUGAUGCUGAUUCGAAAAAUUUAAGCGUGAAUUUUUGGAAUGAACCAGAAUCAUUGGAAAUCAACAAUAUCGACUAUGGUGAGAUUUAUCGAAAAUUGGAAGCCUUAGAAGAAAAAGAAGUUACUAUUGCAAAAGAAAUGCAAAUUUUACGACAAAAGGAAAAAGAAAUUGGGGACGAAAAAAAAGAGCUUAUUGAAAUCCUCAAGAGUAUCGCUGUUUACAUGAAUACUAGUAAUAAUUAUCGUACCAAUAAUAAUAAUAAAAAAAACACAAAUAUAACUGCUUGUAUUGAAGAAGUCAAUACUGAUAUCGGCAAUAAUAUUGAUAAAUCUAACAAACCAGCUGGUAAUAAUUCUAAUUAUAAAUUAGAAAAAAAGUCUAGCAAUUUCCAAUAUGUUAGACCAUUUAUGACACCACUAACAUCAUCACCUCCAAUUCCAGGAUCAUCAGCAAAUUCAAGUAAUACACGAGCACUUGGAAGAGGAAUUAUGCGUAUUUAUAGUCAAAGAAAAGUGGCGUCAAAAAAAAUAAGUCAAUCUUAAAGUCACUACGAUGUUAAAGACUGUAGUUAUGAAAGUGUAGAUUAAUUUUUUUUUAUUAUAUUACUUUGGUACUUAAGAGUAUUUACUAUAUUGUAAAGUUUUUUUUUUUAUUUCAACGAUUUUUCUACGAAACUUACAACGAUAAAAUAAAUAAAAAAUAACAUAAGAGAUA